UUGACGUGGUUUGGACCAGGAAGCCAGCAGUGACAUCACGUUCCAGAAUUCCCCUCGACCACGACGAAGGAGCCCAGGAGCGAGAUAGAAACAAAAACCCCAAAACAUAGAGGUUUGCUGCUGUUCGAGAUUCCGAAGUUGUUGUUUGUGCUAAUUUUAGACGCAAGAAACACAAGGAUGUCCCUGUAUCCAUCCCUCGAGGACCUCAAGGUCGACAAGGUUAUAAAGGCCCAGGCUCAGUAUGCCCAGACUGCCGCCUCCAUGCCAGCCAUCACCGAGGGAACCUACCAGCCUCAACUCGCCACCGCUGGCAUGCCAGGGUCAAGCCUGUACCCGGACCUUGGGGAGCUUGGAGAGUACAUGGGCCUGGCCCUCAACAGCGAGGAGGUCCAGAGGAACCUGGCCUUGUUGCCUGUGGCUGACAAUCAAGUGGCGGUGCCCUCCCUUUCAGGUGUGGGUGGGAUGGUGCGGCCCGUGACGGGGGCGGAUGUGGGCAUCAGAAGGGCAGAGAUCCGCCCCGGGCUGCGGGAGAUCAUCCUCUGCAAGGACCAGGACGGGAAGGUGGGACUCCGCCUCAGGUCCAUCGACAACGGAGUGUUUGUCCAGCUGGUGCAGGCCAACUCCCCUGCGGCCCUGGCCGGGAUGCGCUUUGGGGACCAGGUCCUUCAGAUCAACGGGCAGAACUGUGCUGGCUUGAGCGUGGACAAGGCCCACAAGGCUUUGAAGGCUGCUGCAGAGACCCGCAUUGAGCUUGUGGUCAGGGACAGGCCAUAUCAGCGCACCGUCACCAUGCACAAAGACAGCUCAGGACAUGUUGGCUUCAUCUACAAGUCUGGAAAAAUCACCUCACUGGUCAAGGAUGCCUCUGCCGCCCGCAAUGGCCUGCUGACCGAUCAUUUCAUUUGUGAAAUCAACGGACAAAACGUUAUUGGACUGAAGGAUUCUCAGAUCAAGGACAUUCUGACCACCUCUCCGGCCGCCAUGACCAUCACCAUCAUGCCCAAGUUCAUCUAUGAACACAUGGUUAAGAGGAUGUCGAGCGGUCUCCUGCGCUCCGCCAUGGAUCACUCCGUCCCAGAGGUGUAAAUACUGGCACUGUGGACCGUCAGGAUGUCUACAAUACAGAUCUCUCUUUUCUCCUCUCAUAUCUUUUUCUCUUGCUCUCUUCCUGUCUUCACACCAGACUGCCUCCUGCAUCACAAUCAUUGCCGUUGUUAUUUCUCACCCUCAUGCUUAACCUUUCAAGGCCUUUUUUCCUAUUAGUCUUUUUCUUUUGUACAUCACCUUCAUCUCUGUUGUACAUCAUCUAUUACAUUAUCUACCUUAACCUUUUAGUCAUUUUCAUAUUUUGUUUUGUAUUUGAGAUCUAGGACAGUUUUUUUUUUUUUUUUGUAAAGCCACGCACGUUAUAAUGAGUCCAGAGCUUCCUCCUCAUUUUGUGGAGACCAAUCCGUGGCCCGUGACGUUUCAUCUGGUCAGAAUGCUGUAAAGCCAAUGGUCCGUCAUCAGAGCCCUACAUGUAGAUUACAGCUGUGCUCCCAGUCCCUACACUUGGCCCCUGUGUGUGUGUGUGUGUGUGUGUGUGUGUGUGUGUGUGUGUGUGUGUGUGUGUGUGUGUGUGUGUGUGUGUGUGUGUGUGUGUGUGUGUGUGUGUGUGUGUGUGUGUGUGUGUGUGUGUGUGAGAGAGAGCAAAUAAUCUGAAUCAAAGACUCCAGUGUCAUUUUAACUUGGCCAGAAAAACUAACACGUUUUAAGUCUUGCUUUUAGUUUAUACCAUAUGUUGGUAUAUAAAUUAGUGUUGAUCCUGCCAUUGAGAUUAGGUUAUUUUUGUACUUGUGAAUAGAGAUCCUUCAAACGUGCAGGUGGGAGUUACAACGUAGCUGUACCCACCUUGACCACUUCCUCGAUCUGCAGCCAAACGUCACGCUGCGGCUCUGAUGUGGGGUUUGUAGGUGCACAUGCCGGGGGAAAAGUGGAGGGAGAAAAGAGACAGCGGGAGCUGGUUGUUGCGUCACGCAGCUGGGACUUAGACCUGUCCCACAAACACUAACGGCUAUUAGACUGAAAUGCACAAGUCAGCCAGGACACAGUGGGCAGAUGUUAUUGGCGAGCUGGAGGUCAGUUGAAAGGCGUUUGUUGCAUGUGUCGUGUGAGUUUGUGGUGUUUGUUUGGACGGGGUCCGUGCUGGGCGGACACACUAAGUGCACUUUCCAUUACCUUUUUAAAAGGUUGUCUUUCCUGUAUUGGUGAAGUUCAACAGCUUUUUAUUUUUUUUAUUGUGUUUGUGGUGCCUCAUAUUGAUGAGAACUCCUUAAAUAAACUCAUUUGUUGACCAUAGGAAACUGCUGAAAUUUGAUGCUGAAAAUCCUGCGCUCAAAGGAAGGCGUUUAAAUUCCACUAAAUUGGGUUUAGUCGUUGGUCCUGCUACGUGUUGCUGGAAGACGUUUCUGUAUUAUUCCUCCCUUGAUUGAUGAGCACAAUGAGACUGAGCAGAGCUCGCAGUUGUGAAUUUCUACUUGUUAUAUAAAGUUUCUCCUUUUAAUGCUGUUCAUGUUUGGAUGCAUGUAUUCCUUUAAUUUUCUAGGUAUGCAAUCUGAAAAAACAUCACUGUCAUUCUGUAAGGAAAUCUAAAAGUUUAUAUACGGCUGUAACCAAGAUAAUAAUGUAAAACAAAUAAACAGUCUUUCUGUUCACAUUA